AUGCUGCACAUCCUCUGUAUUACUGCAGCCGUUUUUGUUGACGAGGAUGUUGAGGAUGAUAACAACGAUAAAGACGGUAGUGAUGACGAAGCUGGAUUAUAUGCAUAUAUCGAAGGUGGUCUUGAUAGGCGAGCUGAAGCACAUUUAAUUAGUCCACCGAUACAGCGAAUGAAUGCCAGCGGUAGGAUUGAUUUCGAUUUUUGGAAAUCUUCACUUAAUCCGAGCCUUGAUGUUUGCUUACUGAAGGACGAGGACAUGAUAUGCUUGGAUACGGUUUCAACACAAAUCCCACAUAAGUGGGUGCAUCAUAGCACUUCAUUACCACCAUCUUUGCAUCCGUUCAAGGUGGUGUUCCGCGUUCGUCAUUUGAAGUCAAGCAGCGAUGUUGUAGGCAUUGAUAACAUUGAUUUUACGGUCAACUGUGCCACAUUUAUAUUCCACGUGCCGUCUUCUGAACAAACUUUUUACAGUGGGACAACUGUUUUCCAACAGAAGACAAAAGAAUGCGAUCAACUCGGUACAUUUGACGAGGGCUACUCGACCAAGGACUGGCAGCUGAAAAAGAAAAGUUCUGAGGACGGUUUUCAUUUAAAGAAGUUUUGGCCACUGGAUAAGCAUUACCGGUUUUGUAAGGCAGUAAGAUGUGCAUUUGAUUCCGACUGUCAGUGGAUUUUCAGUAAACAUUGGAAGAGAGUUGAAGGACGUCUGCUGGUGAGCAAAGAAGGAAUUCACACCGCUGACACUCCAAUAUUUAAUACUUCUCUUGAGGAUUCAUUCCUUGAAUUUAAUCUUUGGAUGAGCGGAAGCACUGAGUUGUCAGUAUCGGAAGGAAAUAUAAGCGAACAGAAAGAAUUAUGGACACGUAGAGGACAACUUUAUGGCAAAGAAUGGCAUUCAGUCAGGAUUCCUGUGCGAGCUGAUGGAUCGCUGAAUCAGUUGCAUUUGAAAGCAGUAGUACCGCCGAAAAAUUUUUUGGCUGUGUCGGAAAUCAGGCUGACUAAUGCUUAUGGUCAUGAAAUGUCAUGUGACUCGAGUUACGAUUUAUAUACGACAACAGAAGCGACAACUUUGCAUGGCGAUAAGACUAGUGGAAUUGCUGAAGAGAUUAAGGCCGCAAAACUUAAUGAGGACAUAUUAAAUCCAAAUCAAGUAAGAUUUCCACACCCUUUAAAGAAAAAUUUACGGAUUCAAAAGUAUCACAGCAGACACCAUUCACCAAUUCGGCCACAAAUAAUUCGAGAGGCAAAGAAGUUUAAAUCUGAAAAUUUACAUCAUGAAAAAAGUAAAGCGACAAAUGAAAAUAGGAAUGAAACUUUGUUGCCUUCUAAAACGUCAUUUGGAACGUUGAUUCAACUAGAACCGAGGAACAACGAGGAUGUUAUGGAAGGCCCAGGUUACAGUGAAACUUAUCAGUCAGAUGUAUCUUUAAGAAACCCACUGGUAUAUACCCGGUUGAGCAUAGGAAGUUCAGGACGACAACAGAUACAACCAGCUGUGCUACCUGUCAAAGCAGUAGGACAAAAUCGUCUUUUAGCACCGGACGUUAAUGUAAUUGUGUCACAGCUUGCUGGUCAACCUGCAGUUUUAGACCAAAUAAAAAAUUUUGCUAAACAUCUUGGCUUCUCAAAUUUAAGCGGACAACAGGCUCUUGAGUUGUUCAAAGCUCUUUUGUCUUCAAAAACGCGAGAGAAAUUUUUGGGCGAGAAUAAAUUAAAAGCGAGCGGUUCUCCUAAUUUAUCUGUUAGUGGGCUGCGGCCAAUAAAGCCAGUCAAUGCUCCUCCCGGUGCUGAACCAAAGAUGAACGAUGAUUUGGGUCCGUUAAGUGUAUUGUUUCCUGGAGGACUUCCAUCGUUAUCUUUUCUGAAGGCAGAGGGAUUACUGAAACAAAACUUUAAUGCGGAAUUGUUGAAAAAAGUAACUUCCAUAUUCACGCCACCGAGUACACAAACUGAUGCUCAACGACCACUGACAAGAAAAAAUUUAGAUUUUGUAAUCCAAAAUGCAAAUUCUGUUUGA